ACAGUAUCGAAAUUGGGCAAUCCCACGAGGAUGUGUCAGCGAACAGCUAUCCUGCGCAGUUCAUGCUGGAAGAGCAAUAACACCAAUUGUUAAGCGUGCUGCAAUCUUAACGGUCCAAUCAUAGAGCCCUCGUCGCUUUAUUCUAGACCGAAGCGGCGAAAUCUUUGACCUCUGCUGCCUACCUCAUGUACGAACAGAGCCUACCUGCCUUGCUAGUUCUAAGCUACGUCAAUUGGUGGGGAUUUAAUGGACGAGUUCAUCUGUGAUAUUAGCCGCGAGAGCUCUAUCACCCCACAAUCCCCAAGGGAGCCCCUCAUGAACUCGCGAACAUGGCGAUUGAUGAAGCGGUGCCCCACGUAGAGAGGUAGGUUAAACACAUGUAUGUUACGAGGCAUGGCAGGUUGUUUCUCUCUUUUCCCUGAUCUCUUUUACCUAAGUCUCAGUAUUUUUCAUUUUGUAGACCCGACGGGUUGACUGCUAGCUUUAUCUGGGUAUUCACGAUGGCGGAGCCGAAGACCGGACUUGUCCUUGGCUAUAAUGGCAUUCACCCCUUUUCAAAGGUGAAAAUCACCGACCGCGCUUCCGUCCAAGAGCUUCUCAGGACCCUCCUCGACCCCCUCGAGCCGUUCUUCUCUCCAUUGAAAGCCCGAGUGAAAUGUCCUGGAGCUACUGCUGUCAGGUUUGACCAGACUGCCUCCGAGGUAGAAGGUAUAUGUCGACCUCUCUGGGGUUUAGCUUGUCUUCUGGCCGGAGGCGGUGAUUACCACGGGAAAGAAUGGUGGAUUCAGGGGAUCAAGUCAGGAACCGACCCCGAAAAUCCAGAGUACUGGGGAUAUCCACGAGAUAACGACCAAAGAAUGGUAGAGAUGUGCCCUCUUGGCUAUGCGCUAGCCGUUGCCCCUGAAAUAUGGCAAUCAUUCAAUCAAAGAGAACGAGAAAAUGUUGAAAACUGGUUGGGCAAUUCAAUAAACGAGAAGAACAUGCCCAAUACCAACUGGCUCUGGUUCCGUGUUUUUGCAAACCUUGGCCUGAAGAAGAACGGCGGCAAAUUCUCGCAAGAGCGGCUAGAUCGUGACAUCGAGCACCUCAAUACCUUCUACCGUGGUGGCGGUUGGUCGAAUGACGGACCGGAGGGAAUUCACCAGAUGGACUACUACUCUUCAAGUUUCGCCAUACAAUUCUUGCAGCUUCUCUAUGCGAAAUUAGCGGGCGAGGACGAGCCAGCACGAGCCGAGGAAUUUAGAAACCGUGCCAAACAAGUUGCGCUUGACUUGAUCCACUACUACGACAACGAAGGUCGGUCUAUCCCCUUUGGUCGCAGCGUAGGCUAUCGAUUCGCGAUGGUGUCAUUCUGGGGCGCCUUAGCUUACGCCGGAGUUGAGUUACCCGAGCCGCUUACCUGGGGGAUGGUGAAAGGCGUGGUUCUGCGACACCUGCGAUGGUGGCAAACACAGCCUGACAUAUGGAGUCCAAGCGGAACGCUGACUAUUGGGUAUUCAUACCCUAAUAUGUAUAUGGCAGAGAACUACAACAGCCCCGGUAGUCCGUAUUGGGCCUGCCUAGCCUUCAUCUGUCUCGCCGUACCCCCAGAGCACCCCUUCUGGACCUCUGAGGAAGAGUUCGCCAGCCCGGUCAUUCCACAGAUCAAGGAGCUACCACAACCAGGCCACAUCGCAAGCUACCUCGGCAACCACGGCAUGCUCCUCUCCUCCGGUCAAGCCUGCAGCUACCCGAUGAAAGGCACGCACGCCAAGUACGGCUGCUUCGCGUACAGCUCGGCGUACGCGUACUCAGUACCACCAGGGCUCUUCACUUUAGAACAAUACGCGCUAGCCUCGCAGCUCGGCUUCUCCGACGACGGCGGCGAGUACUGGAAGACGCGCCGCGCGUCCUCGUACGCGGCCCUCGAGCACCGGGGCCCGGCCCAAAACCAAACCCCCGUCCUCGUGUCGGUCUGGACCCCGUUCCCCGACGUCGCCGUGCGCACCACGCUCGUCCCGCCCGACGCCGCCACGCCGAACUGGCACCUGCGCGCGCACCAGAUCGUCGCCGGCAGAGAGGUAAUGACCGCCGACGGCGCCUUCGCCAUCAGCAACCAGCGCGCGCCGGACGGGCGCUACCUCGACCCGUACGACGCCGCGAAGUGCGAGGGCACGUUUCCCAGGAUCAUCGGCAACUACGACCUCGCGACGCCGGCGGGCUGGGCCGGAGGUGCCGAGGGCGCGUUCGCGGUGUCGAAGGGGGCCGUGGGCAUCAAGGCGCUCGAAGGCAACGGCGGAGGAGUCGCGCGCGCCGCGAACCUGGUGAACGCGGACCCGAACUCGAAUCUGGUGGAGAGUCGGACGGUGAUCCCGACGCUGCAGCACACGAUCAAGGCCGGGCAGACGGUGGCGUAUGUUUCGGCCAUCUACGCGAAGCCGUCCGGAGAGGGCGUGCCGAAGGAGACGUAUUUGGACGGGUGGGAGAAGCCACCGGAGGUCCCUGGGUGGUUGAAGGCUGAGUUGGGGAUUUAGCCGUUUUCGAUAGCUGCGUACUUACCUUUCUACCUGCCUACCUGGAUAGGAAAAUGACGUAAAGAUUCAAUAUAGAUAUAAAUGGAUGUGCCUUGGGGCCUAGAUGAAUAGUAUAUUUUGUCUAGCGUACCUCGUAUGCCAAUGUUUCUAUAUGUGUGUGACGAUCUAACCGCCAUGUUGAAUGCUGUUUUGGUUCCCCCCUU